AAAAACAAAAUGGAAGAUUUUGCAAACCCUGGAAAUUUGACAGAUCUAAAUUUAGACAUUUCAGCACAAUUACGCAGCGAAAUGCAGCCUUUAUGUCAAAAUUAAACUAAAGUUAUGGCUUCGCAGUCCCAGGAAAAUUGCCAAUGGUUGUCUGUUACCGAAGAAACGUUGUUUCUGCACGAUGGCUUGAUGCGCGUAACAGAUUUGGUGGAACUUCCAACUGAUGUAAACAACGCUCAGGAUUCGGAGAAUGAAGUGAUCUCGUUUGAUUUGAAAAAUCCUUCAGAAUUGAGUGACUUAUUGCUUGCUGUUUGUGGUACUCAUAAUAAUGCAUAUGCCAAGCUUUUAGAAUACAGAUUAAAUGCAUUAAGAGGACUUUGGUGUGCUCAGAAGCAACUCUCUUUAGAUGAAGAAAGUGAAAAAGAAAGUAACUGCACUGAAGAAACAAUUGCUCUUUUAAAGAAACAAGGCUUAUGGAAAGAACCAGAGCAGGCAUCAUUCUCUACGAGAGUCAGUGUCCUUUUGGUUUUGCCUCUUCUGCAGUCUCAAAGUCGCAUUGACCCUAACCUGUGUGGUGUGACAUCAGGGGUAUUGCUUGGUUGCCUGAAGGAUUGUUCUCCACUCAGUCUUGCUAAAGAGCCUGGUGAUUGCUUGAAAGGCUUAGAGAAUCUGUUAUGCAGUUGGUUAGGAGAAAAAAUUGAAUCAGCUGAUAGUUAUGAAGUUGAAGAUAAACUACAGAGGAAGACUAUUGCAUCUGCUUUGGUUGCGCUGGCUUGUGCAAGGGGUCAUCUGAAGACUUUUAUUCACACUGUCCACCUUCUUUUGACACUGAAGGACAUUGACUGUAUGCCAGUGGCUGAUAUUUUAGGCAAGCUUUUAGAGACAGAAGGAGGCCCUGGACAUGUACCCGCUUUAUUAGGCAGUAAACAUAUCCUCUGCUGGGGAUUUGAAGACCUCCUCAGUGGGACUGAAAAAGAGUCAGGAGAAAAGGACAAAGCUGAUGGGGAGAUUGGAAGAAGUUUAGCUUCAGAUGGAGUUUUCCUGUAUACAACAAAUGCAUGCGGUAAAGGACUAGCGAAAGUUGGCACAGGACUUCACGGCACUCUAAGAGGAUAUAUUUACUCUAGAAACCCAGAGAUAGGCCCUGGUAAGGUUGCCGUUGGUGAUGGAUGUUUAAUAUACAGACCACAGUCAUAUGAUGGUGAAGCUGAUGUACAAAAUUUCUUUCAGAUUCUCGACAAACAUUUCCUACAGCCAGUGAAAACUAUACCUAAGCCAGAACAAUAUGUGGAGGAUGGCCCAUGUACUACUGUUGCAUUUUGCAGCGACGGUUCCUACUUUUAUUGGAUAUGGUGCCCGUCUUUGUUAACAGACAAAAAUGCAAAGGGAAUACCAGUUAAUUGUGAAAUGUUUGUGAUUCAGAAAGAAGAUUAUGCUGUUGAGCCAGGUAGACCCAGGAUAAUUCUAACAAAGAAAGAUGAAGCUGGAGCUAAGGCUCUCAAUGACUCACUUAUGUCCCGACUUAGACCAAUGUACAGAGGCUCAGCCAGUGCUUUAGCAGCAUUAGCCGGGGCAGAGAAUGGAGUGGCGAAGAAGGAAGAUCCUGUGCAGCAGACAGGAAGUACCAGCUGUGGAAUUCUGUUGAAGGUUUUAUUAAAAACACCAUUAUUUAUCGAGGGUAGCCACGUUGUAAUGUUGACAUCUCUGCCAGGGGGCAGCGCCAGUAAUGCAGCACGGUCUUUGUUUGGCAGCAGUGGAGGUCUUUCUUCACUAAGAUCACUAGCCACAAACCAGUGUUUCAGUUUAACGGAUGGACAGUUUGUACAGAGAGCAGAUCUGAUGGAUGCACCAAGUUGUGCCAUUGCCAGGGGAGCCUCUAUUUCCUCUUUAGGCUUGUGUUUUGAUGUAUUAAACAAUGUGAUAUGGAGUUGUAGUAAUGAUUGGAUGGACCAGUUCUAUAACCCAGGUCAUCAGGCACCACAUCAUAUCAAAACAAAAUUGUGUAUACAACAUAACAAACCAACAGAACAAACAGGUGAUAACACAGUGAAGAUGAAUGUGGUAAUACAACAACUGUUACAACAUGUUGGAAGUAUGUGCCUGCACCAAAUCCACAGUGAUCUACUGUAUACACCAUUUGGCAGCUACACCGUACAACAGUACCCAGUAGAUUACACCAAUCUGGAGAGAAUCUGUGACAUACUGAAUAAUUCAAUAUCUACAGGGCAUACUCAGACUAUAAUUUGUGCUUUAAUUGUGUUACAAUUGAUAUUUAAGAUGAGUGUGAUAAAGCCAGCAAAACCUGCUGAGAAUUCAUUGGUGGAGAAAACAAGAUCAUUGGUGUGGAAACUUGUGAUUGUUGAGAGAGAUGACAAUAUGAUGACUCACUCAGAGAGUGUACAGAGAGAGGCAUGUAUGGUGGUGGCCAGUGGCCUCAUGGUGCUAUAUCCAACUGUAGAAAAACGUGUCGAGCUGAUGAGGCUCCUGCUUACAGGUGAAAAUCCAGGACUGACAUGUUUAAGAGAUAAAUUGUUUGUAGACUUUACUGACCAGUUGAAGGGACAGAUCACAAAACUGGACCAGUUUUACAACUUAAGUUUAACAGAUGAUAUUACAUCACUGUUGUUGAAGAUGGUUGUAAAGAAAUCCUGUAAUCUUCUCCAUAAAGCUGUGAAACUUGAGAAGGAACAGUUUGACUGCAUGCUAACAGAAAUACCUUUGUCAAGUCCAUGUCUCAGAUAUCUGAUGUCUCUGCAGUCAUUUCUAUUGAGAGAAACAAUUUUAUUACCAGCUGAUGAAAAUGGAAAUACGGAUAGUGAGAAACUACAGACUUUACAGACAAUGGUACAGAGUUUUGCAGAGAAAGUGUUUACUGGUGCUUGUCAGGUUCUUGAAAUGUUGCUCAAUUGUUGUAAUCAAGUAAUUCACAAAAACACGGAAGAUCUGGAAAACCGCCUGCAAGGCCUGGAAAAGGUUUCCAAGGCAACAAUACUAGGUCAUAUGUUACCUUCUCUGAUGACAGCCAUGACACAUAAAAACCUACAGUGUCUAAACCUUGCUGAUACAUUGAUGCCACAGCUUGUGAAACUUGUAGUUCUGUCUAGUCAGGCUGCUCUGUUGUUGAAGAGCCAGGUUCAAGCUAUUCUACAUGAAGUGGAACCAGACACCGACUCUGAUGUCAUUGAUAUUAUUGGUCAAACUGUAGAAAAAGUCGAUUUGAAGGAGCAUGAAGAGCAAGGGUUCCUGGCUGGACUCAAGAUCCCGGCUCCCUGGGCGUCUGGUAAAGCCAUAGAAAGUAUUCACCCUGUCAGAGACAAUUACAAGUUUAAGGAGACAGUACAUAUACCAGGGGCCAGGUGUCUUUAUUUGAGAUUUGAUACUCGUUGUGCUUCACAGUAUGAUUAUGAUAAGAUGAUCCUGUAUGCUGGUCCCAACACAACAUCAAAGAAAGUGGCAGAGUAUGGUGGUAACACAUAUGGUUUUGGCAGUAGAAGUGUCCUAGGAUCUGGCUGGCCAAAAGAUCUUGUUAGGGUGGAAGGAGAUACUGUGACACUUUCAUUUGAGAUGAGAAGUGGGAGGGAACAUAACACUCCAGACAAAGCCAUGUGGGGAUUUCUUGUUACCGUCAGAGCACAGGAAACACCAGAAGAAGUGUCCAAUGGCCUGCCAUUUUUGGCAGAUUUAGGCCUUGGCCUGUCAGUGCUUGCCUGCACAAUGCUACAUUUGUUGUAUCAAGGUCCAGAGAAAACCAAAGACGAGGAAUCUUGCUUGCAUUUACUUAAAUCAAAAUUGUUGCAAAGGUGUGUUUGGCAAUCAGAAUCCUUCACAUCAAGCCCAGCUUCUCCAAAGAUCCCACCAAAAUCACAGCAGGCAGUAGACCCGACAUUAUUACCAAGGAGCCCAAGGAUUCCUAGAAUAAAACUGCCUUCAGAGAUCAUGAAGAACCUGUUAGGUUUAUCCCCAAGACAUCCUCCUCACCUUAGAUCUAGUAUGAAGGAGGCAAUCAAACCAGAUGUGAUACUAGAAAGAGUUACCUCAGCCGUUGUUAAACACCUUGGCUUAGAGGACACUGUCAGAUUCUUUACUCCAUCAAAAGAGAGUCAGACUGACGAGUUUGUCCUCUUAACUUCUGUGAUGGAGGAGAUCUGUAGACGGACAGAUGCACUAGUCAGGCAAUUGCAGGCAUUAGCAGAUCUAGAACAAAGAUGGCAUACUGAAGUUUUAGAUAGGAAAGAAGACAAAACAGUAGAAGCUCCACCGUUCUUUCAUGAUUUCCAUUUACAAGAGUCAAAAAUAAAGGAGUUAUCAAUGCUGUGUUUCAUGAAGAGCAUUGCUUUAGAUACACUGAAAAUAGAAGAAACUGCCAAAGAAUUAAGAGAGAAAUUUGACAAUGAUGUGUUAUCAAACGACUUCGACAAGACAGAUUCCCUUCAUCGUACACGUCAGUUGGCCGACGGUAUUUUGGCAAGACUAGAUCUGUUACUACAUGUAAAUAUAUCACCAGGAGAUACAGGAAGCCUUACUAGGACUGUUUCACAAUGUAUAGAGGCGAUAAAAACAGGCUCGAAUGUGAUGGUAAAGUCUGACACUGACAUCUUCCACUCCACCAUUAUGAGGAGUAUCUCAGCGCCCUCUGGUGUCAAUCAGUUCCAAGAUGACACGGCUAUUGACUUUCUCAAAAUGCACAAAAGGAGACCGAAGCAUAAACAGGGCCCUAUAUCUAUAUUACAAGACCUGAUUGAAGAUCAGGAAGAGAAAGGCCAGUCACCACAUGUGAUUCUGAUUGGGCAACUGUUCUCUUUUAUAGGAAGUAACCCAGAAAAAGCUAUUUCAUCAGAGGCAUUUUUGAAAACAGCACAGCUAAGAUUUUGGAGAGGGAAUACCAGAAAACAAGCUUUAAUUCACAUGAAGGAACUACUUUCGGCAGCCUCGAGAGUAGGGGGAGCUACACAUCUUGUUGCUGCAGUAACAUCAGUGCUAAGGCAUGGUCCAAGGGUAGAAGAGUUGACUUGCGGAGGUAUGGUUAACCAAGUACGAGAAGCGUUUGCUGAAACUAUGACGUCAGUGGUUCAAGUUGCGGCUAGAUAUCCUAUAGCAUGCUGUAACAGUAUCGGACUGUUGUGUGUUGUACCUUAUACUAGAGCUGAAGAAAAAUGUUUGGUUAGGUCUGGACUGGUUCACUUACUGGAUAAAUUAUGCAGUUUGGCAAACUACAGAGCUGAGAGUAGAGAAAGCCAGUCUACUAGGCAGAAAGUAUCAGCUAUGGCCUGGGCAGGCUUUCAGGUUCUAGCCAAUAGAUGUGUGAUGUGGGAGACAGAGGAAGGUUCACAAUAUGAAGAGUUAGAGCACUCUGGUCUUGCACGACAAGUUUCUGUCUUACUAACCAACCAUUUAGCACGUGCCACAGAAUCUAGUGGUAAUGAAGCCGCCGGUACAGAGGCACUGCAAGAGGUGCUCAGUCUACUCAACAAUCUGUCGAGGAGCCACAUGGGGAAAGCCAUACUUAGUCAGCCAGCCUGUGUCUCCAAAUUACUUUCAUUAUUGCUGGAUCAAAGACCAUCUCCAAAGCUGGUGUUGAUCAUUCUACAACUUUGUCGUGUAGCUUUACCAUUAAUGGAUGCCUUAGACUGUGAGCAGGUACAAUUACCAAACUGGGGACACAGUCUAGUGUCUAGUCAUUGGAGUACGACGAAACCUAUUUCAGAUCCCCCGGCUAAAAUUGUCUCUCUGCUUUUGGCAAGACUUGGUGACUUCUUGGUUCCAGGUGAUGUGGCAACUGUUGCAAGUAUGACAAACAGUCUAUUGAUGCAGAUAUUAACAAAGAUAAAGACAGUGCAAGAAGAUACUGCCAUACAGAAUGGUCGUCUGUCCGUCUUUGUUCACAAACGGGAUGACCAGUUUUCACAUGAAGUUAUACAGCCUUUACUGAGCUCUGACAGUCGACCAUUUAAGCUAGGUCCUGGUUCUAAUGUCGAUAAAGUUGUGAGACUGGACAGGGAAAUGACAAAGAGUAACAAAGCCGAGGUUGUGACAGAGGAUGCCCUAUCUGCUCUUAGGAAGGCUGCGAAAUGGGCUCAGAUGGGGCUUGUUGUAUCUACGGGUGCCCCUGUAGACUCUUCUCCCACAGAAGUCACCUCAGGUGACAAAAAGAAAACAGAUAAAGAAGUUAUUUGUAAAGAUAAAAAUGCUGAGCUUGCAAGGACAGACCCUGUGCGACCUUUUAUAAGUGGUCAUGUAGCCAACAGUAUGGCAGCUGAAGUGAUUGAACUAUUACAUGGUCUGUUAAACAGUACUAACCAUCACACAGCCUCGGAGAAAUCCUGGUCAGAUGCUGUACAACGGGUGUUAACUAAUGCAAUGACUGGUUUACCAGUUUUGUUGAACUCAAUAGACAGUCUAAGUUCUCCUCGAUGUCACAGUCACCAGUUGAUGUCAAUGGCCCGACAAGUUAAUGCAGCUCUGUGUGCGUUAGGUGGUUUCCAGGAAAUGAUAAAACCAGGCUGCAAAGUAGAGGUGACUGGUGAGGUAGAGAACUCCACAGGAAUAGUGGUCAGUAUGUCUCAGCAGACUGGAAUGGUCUCUAUUGAAUUAGAUCCAGACCCUGAGGGUACAUAUACCCCAAGGUACUCCGACACUGUCCAGGUGCCAUUUAGUAGAGUACAGCCAUGUAGAAAUAGAAUGUUCAGUAGUAGACAACUGUCAAUGACUGAUGCCAUAGUAACAGCCAUGCAAGCCAUCUUGUUACCACAUGAUGACAACAUCUCAUCUUUGCAACAAGUCCUCCCAUUGGCUGAUGAUGGAAAUAGCAUGUCCAAUCAGAUCUGUCGUGUUGUAGCCGAGUUGGAAACCAGAGCUUGUACUGUGCUAGCUCUGUAUUUACAAGAUAUAGAUUUCACGAAGGAGUUUAUACAGCACUGUGGGUCCACCAUUGAUAUGCUCAAAACACUAGCCAAAGACUGCAGUACUGGUGUUAGAAAACCAGUGCUAGAAUCCCACUGUGAGAGAUUGAGGACACUAUACAGAGAUUGUGCCAAACCUCCACCUCCUCCAAGUAAAGUUGAUAACAGGAACAAGGAAAUGACAUGGGACACCAGCCGCAAUUUUCCACCAGUGAGGGCGUGUUUGUUCUCUCAUAAUCUUACAGGAGUUACCUUCCUUGGUGACCCGAGUGCUGGCAGUGGUUUGCCAAGAGGAACUUUGGUCUAUGCCAAUAUACCUAUACCUUUACAGGCACCAUCAUUUUACUGGGAGCUGGAAAUUUGUUCAUUUGGGGACAGUCAGGAUGAGAGUUCUGCGUACGUCUCAUUUGGUUUUGCCCCACCUGCUGAAAAGAAGGAUGGAGCCUGGACAAAUCCCAUAGGAACCUGUCUCUUUCUGAAUAAUGGUAAGGCAGUCCAUUACAAUGGAGCCAGUUUACUGCAGUGGCGUAGUGUCAGACUGGACUGUUUGGUCGGUGUCGGAGAUAUAGCUGGUAUAGGCUGGGAGAGAACCAGCGACUCUCCAGUACAGGGCGAAACUCCUAAAGGCAAGGUGUACUUCACCUUUAAUGGAAGGAAACUUCAGCCAUGGAUAGAAGAUGUGGCAGGUGCCAUGUAUCCUGUGGUUCAUAUACAGAAAAAGUCAACAAGAGUGAAGGCCAAUUUUGGUGCCAGGCCGUAUGCCUUUGCCGAAGGUCAACAACACAGAGAGGCCGCUGACGAAGCUGAUGAUCUAACACGAGAAAUAAGAGAAAGUUUUGGUCAUUUACCGUUCCACUCUACGUCGGACUCUGACAGUGAUGGUGCAGUUUCGGCCCCUUCUACACCCAGUAACCUUAGCGAGAUUAACGAACUUAAUCUAACUGCUGGACCAUUGUGUAAAACUGUACCAAUUCCAAAGCCUCUAAAAGAAUACAACCCAGAUAACUGUCGCUUCUACAAGUUGUUCCACUCCUAUGAUAGUAUGAUAACAACUGGGCCCGACCCAAAGGCUCAACUCCCGGCCCAGGACACGCUGUCAGACGAAGAGUCCAAUGAGGAUGAAUCCAACAACGAGGACCAUCAUGCAUUGUUAGUGAAGGCGUGGGAACAGAAAGUUUUCCCGGUGAUCCGAAGGAGGUUUAGGAAUGAGGCUGAGAGGAAAGAUGGUUUAGAACAGAUUAAGGGGGCAUUGCAAAUAGGUAUGACUUUCAUUGCUCGACAGACGGUUGAAUUUUUGUAUGAAGAAAAUGGUGGCAUGCCACGUGACCUUCACCUUCCAACAAUUGAUGACAUAAAGGAAGAUCUUGCCAAAUUUACGAUCGAUCGUGUCAGAAAGGGUACCACGGUUGUGAUCAGGGGCUCCACAGGUAGCAGUGCUAGUGGAGCCACAGUGCUACCAAAGUUUGCUGUUCGAUCUAUGUUAAAAACAUUCGGACUCACUGGAACUGUUCUUGAUGUAGAAAAUUCUAACGAGCUAGUCCAGGUUGAGACCUAUCUGCGAAGUGAAGGUGUUUUAGUCAGAUACUGGUACCCGUUAAAUAUGCUAGAACGACCACCACAGGGUAUGAGAAAAUCUACGAUAACCGGCGGCCAGAUACUUGACACCAGCAAUGUCAAUAUACAUAAGGAGUUAAUUAGAUCAGAAAGAACUGUUGCAAGAAUGUACUGCCGCACUGCGUUAUUGAAGCUGAUAGAUCAUUGCAACUCUUCAGCUAUGGAGGUGAUAUCCUGCUCUCCUAGUCUGGCCUCGGGUAUGGCAGCAAGCGCGGCCCUGUUACAGGAACUGGAUAUUGAAAACAUUCAGCUGCUGUCUAAUGAGUUGUUAAAGGCACCUCAGCCUCAUGGUACUAUUAAGGCGAAAUCGUUGGUGUUGUCGGACUCGUCCAAACACUGCCUGGCUGCUCACAGUUGUUCGCUAUCAGAUCUGAUGUAUGAGAAUGUUGACAGAUUGAAGAAAGAGCUAGCCAUAGCCAUUGCAAGAGCAGCUGGUCAAGGAGAAGAUUAUCUGUUUGAAUUGACCAACCAGAUCUGUACAUGUCUGCAGACUGCACCAGAGAUGUUUCCCUAUGAAGAGUUUUCAGGGCAGGGUAAGAGUUUAAGAUUUAUGGAGGCCUUUCUGUUUCUUUUCAGAACAUCCUUGUACAAGUCUCCAUGGGCUCGGAUCUAUUGCUACACUGGUCAGAGAAUUAAGAAAACUGGUCAAGUAUCCAAACAGGAAGUGGUCAGCUACCCGCGGGACACAUCCUCAACCAGUAACCAUGCUGAACAGUACACUCCGGCAAUAAUUCCCUGCGACUAUCUCCAGGAAACUGAGCGUCAAGGUAGAGGUAAAGGUAGAAAACCACAGAAAAGUCGCCAAAGAAAAAAUGAUGGCAACUUUACAGAAAAGUUUUUAGCAGUCACACCAGCCACGAUACAUCCUCAUGAGAUUAGAAUUUCUGCGGUAGAACUUUCAAGUGAAAAAUAUUCUUGUCUGCAAGGAGUUCCCGUUGAGAGUUUACGACUGAGAUUUGCUUUUCUGCAAUCUCUGAACAACACCCUAGAAACAUUUUUCCUGCCACUGAUCGACCUGCGACCUUGGCAGACCUACAACAGGAGCACAUCAGCACUGCUAUCUAGAAUAAGAGGACUGCUUUUCUAUGACACUAAGUGCGCUUUGAUGAAUAGAAUCUUGAAUGCAACAGCGAAGAGAAAACCGGACCAGGCUGCACCGGAAAUUACUCUUGAUCCACUUGAGAUAUUGGAG